AUGUCAAAUAAAGAUUUAUUUAAAAAAAUUGAUUUUUUACAAAAAUAUGAAUAUUCUUCUCUUGAGAACAAAACUGAUAUCAGUAAAGGACAGUUUGGAGCUAUAUGUAGAGCUUAUUUAAAAGAUAAAGACCAAACGGUGGCUUUGAAGACUUUAUGCUAUUAUGACGACGAAAAGUCGUUAGACAAUUUGAUUAGGAAGGUUAAAUACACUACUGAAGUUAAUCACGAUAAUAUAAUAAAAUUCUUUGGAAUUACUCAAGAAACUCCAAUUGAAGGAACUCCUGUUGAUUUCAAAAAUCUUUAUUGUGCUGCUUGGGAUGAUAAACCAGGUAACCGUCCCGACAUCAAAGGCAUUUGCGAAAAGUUAGAUCAUAUGCAAUUAACACCAGUUUAUAAAAAAGUGUCUGAAAAAAACGCUUUUAGAAAACAAUGCAAAUAUUCUUCUUUUGAGAGAAAGGUAGAAAUCAGUAAGGGAGGGUUUGGAGUUACGUAUAAAGCUUAUUUCAAAAAUGAAAAACAAUCAGUAGUUUUGAAGACCUUAGGUAAUGAUGCCGAAAAGUCAUUUUAUGAUUUUGAUAGAGAAGUUAAAUAUACCAAAGAUAUAAUAGAAUUCUUUGGGAUUACUCAAGGCAUAGCUUUGGGAGCAUAUCAUGUAAUCAAAGGUAAUCGAGAAACUCCAAUUAAAGGAACUCCUGUUGAUUUCGAAAAUCUUUAUUGUACUGCUUGGGAUGAUAAACCGGGUAGCCGUCCUAACAUUAAAGAAAUUUGUAAAACAUUAAAAAAUAUGCAGUUAAAACAGUUAGAGCUAUUUUGUAACGACUUUAAAAUUUUCGAAUAUACUUCUUUUGGGGAACUAAUAAAAAUUGAUGAAGGAGGGUUUGGAGCUAUAUAUAAGGCUUGUUUAAAAGAUACAAACCAAUUUUUGGCUUUGAAAAAGAUUUUAGAUGAUGCCGAAAAUUCAUUUUAUGAUUUUGUUAGAGAAGUUAAAUGCACUACUAAAGUUAAUAACGAUUAUAUAAUAAAAUUUUUUGGAAUUACUCGAGGCACGAAUGAACGUAUAAAAGUAUGCGUGGGUCUAAUUGGAGAUAAACGAGAAAUUCCGAAAAAAGGAACUCCCAUUGAUUUCUAUAAUCUUUAUGAUGCUGCUUGGGAUGGUAAACCGGAUAGUCGUCCUGGCAUUGAAGAAAUUUGCAAUAAGUUAGAUCACUUGCGAUUAGAACCAGUUUUGGGGCAGGUGCUUUAUUACUCAUAUAUUGAAUUUUUCAAGAAAUGUAAUUGUUGA